UUUAAUAAGUUUAUAUUUGAACACUGAUAAUUUCAGAUUCACCUCGUACCUAAUUUAUUUAUAACGACAUAACCUGAAAAUUCAUAAUGUUGAAAAGAAAUGUAGUUAUAUUUCUAAUUGUUUGUAUUUCGCUUUUUUUAAUUUUUCUGGUACUGCUUCUUUCGGGAAAUUGUUGCUUCAAAGAUCGUUGCGAAAUACCCAUCAGACAGUUUGGUAGAACACCGAUUUUUUUCAACUUCGAUGAUGAAACUUUUGUCUACCCCCAAGAUGAGUCUAUUGUUAUAGAAAGAGAUAAAUCCAUCAGUAUAGGAUGUCCCGGAUCCACACUCAAUACUGGGGACGUAUGGGCCCAAAUGACUUGUAUUACAGAAACAACUUUCGUGGUAUUUAACGACAAUGUAGAUAUAAGUACUUUAUAUUGUGAGGAUGAGGUUAAAAGUACCGCUAGGUAUACUGGAAAAUCCUGUGAAGAUAGCGGAAGAGAAAUUGAAGUGGGAUUUGGUUUAGGGUCUGAUAAAUUCCUUAGGCAAAUGAGAAUAUGCUUUGAUGAAAAAGAACAAAAAACACUUUACUCAGAACAUAACUUGACAAGUUUAAUCGGUAAUCGAGAAUUGUCUUCACGAAGGCCAUAUUUUGAAGAGGGCACAUUUUUCAACUUGAGCGGAAACAAACUGUACGAACUUUACUCGAAGAAAACCCAACGUAGAAAUAUCAACAUACAGUUACGAAUUACCGACCUCAACUCAACAGAAGUUAUCAAAAAUGGAAAUUCUUCAUUUUACUUAUCACGUGGACAUCUUGCUCCGAAAGCAGAUUUCUUAUAUGGAUCACAACAAAAUGCUUCUUUUUACUAUGUUAAUGCAGCACCUCAGUGGGAAAUCAUCAAUGGAGGAUCUUGGAACAUGUUGGAAUGGAAAAUCAGGUUAUAUGUAGCAAAUAGAGGUCAGGAUUUACAAAUAAUUACUGGUACUUUUGAUAAAUUAAUAUUGGAAAAAUAUUCACCAAAUCCAUUGUACCUAUAUUACAACCCACCCAUAUCUUCUGGAGUACCCAUUCCAAAAUUUUUUUGGAAGAUUGUUUAUGACCCCGUUAUUCAGAAAGGAGUAGCUUUUGUUGGCACAAACAAUCCAUUUUUGAAAAAAGAUGGCAUAUAUUUUAUCUGUCCUGAUAUUAUGACAUCAAUUAAUUGGAUCAAAUUGAAUAAUAAGAAUGUAACAACAGGGUUUAUUUAUGCUUGUAAUGUUGAUGAUUUGAGAAAAAAAGUAACUUACAUACCAAAAUUGCAAAUUAUCGGUCCACUAGUAGAAUGAUGUUGAUUGUUUUAUUCAGAUAUUUUUUAUACUUAAGAAAAAAGAAAUAAGUUAAUUUUCUUAUUUUUGAUAGAAAGAGCCAAUUUAGUUAUUAACAUCUUGACAAUAAAUUUAUGUUAAAAGUUUAAAAAGUUGUAACUUCAGGAAAUGAAAUAAAAGUUUUGGGAUA